GUUACGCUAAGAACUCUGUAGUGGCGGUUGUUACACGUAUCCAAAUUCUCCCCUUAAAUACUUUUUUUUAUAAACUUCCCAUUUCUCUGUCAAAAAAAAAUUGUAAUUUGCAAGUUUCGCUAUCUCUUUGUCUUUCUUAAUCCAGUUGCGAAUCAGACACAUUACCAUCCUUUUAAAUUUCUUCAAUUUUCAUGGCAAUCAUUAUCUCGUUUGGAUGAUGAGAAAAUUCUCCAAAAAUCUCUUUUUUUCUUUCUCUCUUUUCAUAUUCUUGUAGUUUCUAGUGUUUAGUUCACUCAACCCAGAUACAAAGAUUCAAUCUUUCUCCUCUUUCUUGAAAUUGGGUGAUGGAAUUCAACUAAGAGAGAAACUGUGUGCAAGAAUAUGGCUUAUCUACAAGGGUUUACUCCAACUUUGAAAUUGGGUUUUGUGUUUUCAUCGCUAGUUUCACCAAAACAGAGACACCCUUUGGUUUUCCCUUCAUCAAAGUGUGGAUUUUCCCUCAAAUUCAAUGAUGGGUCAUUCAAAUUUCAAAACCCUUUAAUUAAGGGAACAAAAUCGGUGGAGCUUGACCGGUUUGUUACCAGUGACGACGAAGAGGAAGAAGAAGAAAUGGGAGAUGGGUUCUUGGAAGCAAUAGAGGAGCUUGAGAGAAUGACAAGGGAGCCUUCUGAUGUUCUUGAAGAGAUGAACGAUCGUCUCUCAGCUAGAGAGCUUCAGCUUGUGUUGGUUUAUUUCUCUCAAGAUGGAAGAGACUCGUGGUGUGCUUUGGAGGUUUUUGAUUGGUUAAGGAAAGAGAAUAGGGUUGAUAAAGAGACUAUGGAGUUAAUGGUUUCUAUCAUGUGUGGUUGGGUGAAGAAGUUGAUUCAGGAACAGCAUGGGGUUGGUGAUGUCGUUGACCUUCUUGUGGAUAUGGAUUGUGUUGGGUUGAGGCCUGGUUUUAGUAUGAUUGAGAAGGUUAUUUCUUUGUAUUGGGAUAUGGGGGAGAAAGAAGGUGCUGCUUUGUUUGUGGAAGAGGUUUUGAGGCGUGGAGUUUCUUGGAAUGAGGGUGAUCCUCAAGGGCAUAAAGGAGGCCCAACUGGGUAUCUUGCUUGGAAGAUGAUGGCUGAGGGUGAUUACAAAGGUGCUGUUCGGUUGGUAAUUCGAUUUAGAGAAGCUGGUUUGAAGCCAGAGAUCUACAGUUACCUUGUUGCAAUGACUGCCAUAGUUAAGGAGCUCAACGAGUUUGCCAAAGCUCUACGAAAGUUGAAAAGUUUCGCUAGGGCCGGGCUUGUUACCGAAUUCGACCGAGAAGAUGUUGAGCUAGCAGAGAACUACCAAUCAGAACUUCUAGCCGACGGAGCUCGCUUAUCCAACUGGGUGAUUCAAGACGGCAGUCAUCCAUCACUUCACGGAGCUAUCCACGAGAGGCUCCUCGCAAUGUACAUCUGCGCCGGCCAUGGAAUCGAAGCCGAGAAACAAUUAUGGGAAAUGAAACUUGUUGGCAAAGAAGCCGACAGAGGUCUCUACGACAUUGUUCUAGCCAUAUGUGCUUCUCAGAAAGAAACUGCAGCGACAGGAAGGCUAAUGACGCAGUUGGAAUUUGCGAGCUCGGCGCAGAAGAAGAAAAGUCUGUCAUGGUUGUUAAGAGGAUACAUUAAAGGUGGUCAUUUCAAUGAAGCAGCAGAGACAGUGAUGAAAAUGCUUGAAUUGGGAAUUUAUCCCGAGUAUUUAGAUAGAGUUGCUGUUGUUCAAGGUUUAAGGAAAAGGGUUCAUCAAAAUGGAAAUUUAGAUACUUAUUUUAAGCUUUGUAAGUCACUUUCUGAAGCAAAUCUUAUAGGGCCUUGUCUUGUGUAUUUGUAUACAAGAAAAUAUAAGCUUUGGGUUGUGAAAAUGGUGUAAGAAAUGUAGUAGAGAGAAACUGGUGGUUAUUACUUGUAUAAAUUUGUAUAGUUUUAAUGUGAAAUGAAGAAAUUGUAAUGGCAGAUAAAUAAUAGUUUUGAUCUUUUCUAUGUCA